AUGACAGCCGAGCAGCGGCAGAACCUGCGCACCGUGGGGGACUAUGUCCGCAAGAUCCUGGACCCCACCUACAUCCUGUCCUUCAUGACCCCCUGGUUUAAGGAAGGUUAUACAGGGCUUUAUGAAGCCUUUGAGAAUUGGGAUUUCCAAAAAAUUGAAAAUUUAGAGGAGUAUAGACUACUUUUAAGACGUCUACAACCAGAAUUUAAAAGCCGAGUUAAUCCAAUAGAUAUCCUCCCUGACAUAGCCCCAUGUUUAAUUAGUCAGGAAUGUGAAGAAAUUAAACAGGUUUGUUCCAUCAAAGGCAUGAUGGCGGGUGCAGAGAAAAUGGUUGACUGCCUUGUUAGAUCCGACAAAGAGAACUGGCCCAAAGCUUUGAAACUGGCUUUGGAGAAAGAAGAGUGCAAUUUCAGUGAACUCUGGACUGUUGAGAAAGAUGCAAAAGAUAUUGAAGUUAAAGAUCUUGAAGAUGAUGAACCAGAAACUUCUGAAGUACAGAUAUUCUACCAGGAAGAAACAGAAUGUCAGAAUCUUAGUGGGAACCCAUGCCUGCCUUCAGAAGUGCCUCAUACUUACUCAUGGACCACAUGGAAGCCAAGAAAGUACCAAGUAGAGCUCACACUGCCUGCUAAGAAUGGAAAAAACACGAUCAUAUGUGCUCCCACUGGUUGUGGAAAAACCUUUGUUUCCAUUCUUAUAUGUGAACAUCAUCUUAAAAUGUUUCCACAAGGACGAGGCGGCAAAGUUGUCUUUUUUGCUGUUCAAAUCCCAGUAUAUGAACAACAGAAAUCCGUGUUCUCAAAGUAUUUUGAAAGACAUGGGUACCAAGUUGCAGGGGUUUCUGGAGCAACAUCUGAGCAGGUCCCAGUGAAACAGGUCAUUGAAGACAAUGACAUCAUCAUUUUAACCCCACAGAUUCUUGUGAAUAACCUCAAAAAUGGGACUAUUCCAUCGCUCUCCAUCUUUACUUUGAUGAUAUUUGAUGAAUGCCACAACACCAAUAAAAACCAUCCAUAUAAUAUGAUCAUGUUUAAUUAUCUAGAUCAGAAGCUUAGCGGAUCUUCAGACCCAUUGCCCCAGGUCAUUGGCCUAACUGCUUCAGUGGGCGUUGGGGAUGCCAAAAAUAUAACUGAAGCCAUGGAAUACAUCUGCAAAUUGUGCGCCUCUCUCGACACCUCAGUGAUAGCAACAGUUAGAGAGAAUUUGGAGGAGUUGGAAGAAGUUGUUUAUAAGCCGCAGAAAUUUUUCAGGAAAGUGGAAGCUCGGACUAACGACAAAUUUAAAAACAUCAUAUCCCAGAUGAUGAGUGAGACAGAGAGAAUGGCAAAGAGUGUCUUUGAAGAACAUGAAAACUUACUGAAGAUUCAAAAUCGGGAAUCCGGUACACAGAAAUAUGAACAGCAGAUCAUUGCAGUUCAGAAAGAGUGCGUGGUUUUUCACCUGCCGGAUAAAAAUGAGGAGAGCAGGAUUUGUAAGGAGCUUUACUUGUACACGUCCCAUCUGCAGAUAUACAAUGAUGCCCUGAUUAUCAACGAGCAUGCCCGCGUCAAAGAUGCUCUGGAAUACCUGAAGAACUUCUUCAAAGAGGUACGAGGAGCAGGGUUUGACGAGACUGAGCAACAUCUCACUCGGCGAUUUGAAGAAAAGCUUCAGGACCUGGAAGAUAUUUCCAUGGAUCCCAGCAAUGAGAACCCUAAACUCAAAGACCUUUCCUUCAUCUUGCAAGAGGAAUACCAUUUAAACCCAGAGACAAGGACCAUUCUCUUUGUGAAAACCAGAGCACUUGUGGAUGCUUUGAAGAAAUGGAUUGAAGAAAAUCCUAAGCUCAGUUUUCUGAAACCUGAUAUAUUGACAGGACGUGGUAAAACAAAGCAGACAACAGGUAUGACCCUCCCAGCACAGAAGUGUGUGUUGGACACAUUCAGAUCCGACAGUGAAAACAAGAUUCUAAUUGCUACCUCAGUGGCAGAUGAGGGCAUCGACAUUGCGCAGUGCAAUCUCGUCAUCCUGUAUGAAUAUGUGGGCAAUGUCAUCAAAAUGAUUCAGACGAGAGGCAGGGGAAGAGCAAGAGGUAGCAAGUGCUUCCUUCUGACCAGUAAUGCUGAGGUAAUUGAAAAAGAAAAAAUGAAUAUACACAAAGAAAAAUUGAUGAAUGACUCCAUUCUAAGCCUUCAGCAAGAGGAUGAAGCAGCAUUUAAGAAAAAACUUCGUGUUAUACAGGACCAAGAAAAACUCAUCAGAGACAGUCAAAGGAAAAUAAAACCUAAGACUGAUAAAGACAAUAAAAAAUUGCUCUGCAGAAAGUGCAAAGCCUUUGCAUGUUACACGGUCGAUAUAAGAGUGGUUGAGGAAUCCCAUUACACUGUGAUUGGAGAGGCUUUUAAGAAGUGCUUUGUGAGUAAGCCACAUCCCAACCCAAAGAGCUACGCGGGUUUUGAGAAGAGGGCCAAGAUAUUCUGUGCCCGUGAGAAAUGCCACUUUGACUGGGGAAUCCAAGUGAAGUACAAGACAUUUGAGAUGCCAGUUAUAAAAAUCGAAAGCUUUGUGGUGGAGGACAUUGCUACUGGAGAGCAGAAGCUGUACGCAAGGUGGAAGGACUUCCAUUUCGAGAAGGUGAAAUUUGAGGCUGCAGACAUGUCCAAAUGA